GUCAAUUUAUUUACAGUGGAAAGGAAAAGGUGGUGGGUGUGUUGCUUUGGUUUAUGUUUUAGUUCCGUAUGAUUUAUUGUAUUAAAGCGUAGUGUUAGUGGUAGUAUUGAUUUUUUUAUAAAUUAAAUAAACGUUUUUAGUGUAAAUUAAUUAUUAAACCGUCUUUAAUAGUGUAUAUUUACGACACAUUAAUAUUAUUUCUUUAAUUUGUUUUGGAAUAUUUACGUUGAUUGUUUUCGUUUGUGAUGUGUAUUAUAAAUAACGAAUUAAGAUAACGAGUUAUAGUGUUAACAUUUGCAAAUAAUUAAAAUAAUGAUUAAUAAUGAGGCCGUUUACGAGGAAUCAGUUAAACAAGGUUUCUUGAAAAAUGGAUGGAAUUAAUAAACGCAGUUCGAUUUUUGAAUCUUUGCAAUGUCGACUCCGUGCCAAAAAGGCGGGAUGCGCCUCAGCGAAGCCCUAGAUAACAUACAACUAGCGUACAAUCCGAUUACGAAACAACUACAUUUCGUGAGUCCUAAGGUCGAAAGCCCAGUAGAGGACACUUCGGACGACAUUGAUAAAUUAUCAAAGAAGAGCAGUUUCAGUGACGAAGGGAAUUUUUCUAUUUCAACCUGUGAAAAGAGUGACACUAGUGAUUCGCCAAAGAGUACUCUACAAUGGGGCGGCAGUGUGAAUGGUCAUCAGCGCGGCAAGGAUGGAGGAUCUUUCUCCAGCACCGUCUCGAGUCUGUCAGAGUGUUCCAUAGGAUCCAGUGCAUCAAAGGAAGAUGAUCUUGCUGAAGUUAAUACUGUCCAAGAACAUACAAAAUUAAAGAAAAAAGGGCUCUCUGGAUUCUUUAGCAGAGGCGUAUUCCCAUGGAAAAGUAACUCGUCGACUUCUAAGACCCAAGAAUCAAAUGCAACCACCACAUGGCGAUUAUUCGGCAGUAAAUCCAAUGGAAAUAUAGCUAAGAGUUUGACCACUGAGGUGCAGAAUUCACUCACACCUACAUCGUCAGCCGCAAACACACCGCAUCAUCAUAAAAGACAAGGCAGUUCGGCUAGCGAGAAGCAGUUCGAUGAUCUAGUCGCUAGUUCAAUAGCACUCAUACAGCAUGACCGGCCUUCAAACCUACCAGCAAAAUGCACGGAAGAGGCGCUGCGACACAAGGCAGAACACGCUAGAAUGGUCGAGGCAGCGAGGCGCAGAGUGGAAAGAGAGGCAGCAGCAAGGCAUGCAAGAUUGCAAGAAUCAAUACGAAUGGAGGAGAGACUCGCAAGACACGCGCGAGAAUGGACGCAAACAAUACUACCUGAUUGGCAUAACAUGAAAAACGCAAAACGUACAUUGGAUCUUUGGUGGAGCGGACUUCCACCGGCGAUAAGGGGUCGAGUCUGGCAACUCGCUAUUGAAAACAAAUUGAAAAUAACACACGAAAUGUACGAAGAUUACGUCGCUAAAGCGAAACAGAAACUUCAAGAAGCACAGCUGAGGAGGAAACGGUUAAAAGUCCACACGAAAAAUUCCUGCGACUGUAAACACGAUGAACCCAAGAAAGAUGACCAAAAACUAGAAGACAGGCUUUCUAGCGGAGAAUUUUCCAAAUGUGAAGAGAGAUCGUCGAAAAGAACGGAGAAGUUGGCCAAAAUGGACGACAGGAUUGAAGAAAAAUCGGAAAAACCAAGAUUGGGAUUACCGAGGAAUUUUAGUGAGCAGAACUUGAAAUCUAUAAACGUCGAUCCUGGGCCGAAGAAGUGUUGUUCGAAGUCUAACCCCAAUUUACUAGAUUAUAGUGACGAAUGUUCGAUGGAGCUGAUCCAGUUGGACAUAGCGCGGACGUUUCCACAUUUGUGUAUAUUUCAACCGGGUGGACCGUAUUUCGAUGUGCUACACGAGCUGCUGGCGGCGUACGUGUGUUAUAGGCCAGAUAUUGGUUACAUUCAGGGUAUGUCAUUCAUAGCUGCCGUGCUCAUCCUGAACAUGGAAGCGCCUCAAGCGUUCGUCUGCUUCGCUAAUCUCCUCGAUGGGCCGGUCCUACGCGCCGCUUUCACCCGAGACGGCGACACUAUGCAGCGGCUGUGGAAGGCGUACGCGCGGCUGCUGCGGCGCCACCUGCCGGCGCUGGCGGACGCCGUGGCGCCCGAGCUGUACCUGCUGGAGUGGCUGUACACGGCCUUCGCCAAGGCCAUGCCGCUGGACGCCGCCUGCCGCGUGUGGGACGUGUUCCUGCGCGACGGGGACUCCUUCCUCUUCAACGCCGCGCUCGGUAUCCUCCAUCUGUACCAAGACGAGCUGAAAGACAUGGACUUCAUAUCCGCCGCUCAGUUCCUCACCAAACUCCCCGAGGAUCUAGAUCCAGAGGCACUAUUCAAAAGCAUAUCCUCCAUCUCGAUGACCCUCGACGGCAUGUCCUUCGAGGAGUUAGUCUCCUGCUGCCCGGUGGAAAACAGCCUGGACGAUGACGUGACACUUCGAUUAUGAUAUACAUGUGAGUGGGUAUUCAAUGGAUUAUUUAAGUUAUAGUAUUUAAUGAAAUUGUAGUUAGGUUUUAUACUUAGUUAACGAUCUAUUUAAAAAAUAAUCUUCUUCAUCAUUGUUCACCAAAUUAUAUAAAACUUUUGUAUACUGGCAGGCUUUGCAAUAAUCCAAAAUUCACAGAAUAGUAACUAUCGCUUAUAUUCCAAUUUCAAUUUUCUUCUA